AUGCUUCAUCAGAAGCAGUUCGUUCGCAAGACGCGCAAAGGAGCCAUACAGCGGGUGGUGCGGGAGCACUAUCUGCGCGACGACAUUCCCUGUGGCGCGCUGCCCUGCGCCAAGUCGCCCACCACCGUCUGCGAUAAGGAUUCCGCUCGCCUCUCGCCUAAUAACGAAACCAUCCUCGUUAUAGACACCAACGUCGCCCUGCACCAGAUCGACCUGUUGGAGAAUGCAGCGAUCAGCAACGUGGUGGUGCUGUCGGUGGUGCUGGAGGAGGUGAAGAGUCGCAACGUGGCGGUGUACGGCCGCCUCAGGGCGCUCGUGGCAGAAGAAACUCGCCGCUUCUUUGUCUUUUCCAACGAGCACCACAAGGACACGUACAUCAAAGCGGAACCAGGGGAGAGUCCCAACGACAGGAAUGACCGAGCCAUUCGGGUGGCAGCCCAGUGGUACCAGCAGCAUCUGGGCGGCAAAGUGCCGGUCGUGCUCAUAACAGACGAUAAAGCCAACCUGGCAAAGGCGGUGGCGGGCGGCACGAAGGCCAUGAGAGUGCGCGAGUAUGUGGCGUCAUUAGGGAGUGUAGAGCUGAUGGAUUUGGUGGUUAGCGCGGGGGACGGGGAGGAGGGGGAAGGAGGGGAGGGAGGGGAGAGAGGGGAGGGGGAUAAGGCGGCGAGGGAGGAGGAGAACCGGGGGCUUCGUACGAACGUUUCUCGCAGCAAGAGGAAGAGAAUUUACUCUGAUCACAAGCCCAUGUCGGCAAUAACAGCGGGGUUGCAGCGCGGGCUGUACCACCAGGGCAAGCUGCGAGUGAGCCGCUACAACUGCUUCGAGGCGUUUGUGGGCUCUGAGUCCCUGGGGGACGAGAUCCUCGUUAUAGGCAGAUGCGAUAUGAACCGCGCUGUGGACGGGGAUGUGGUGGCGGUGGAGCUGCUGCCGCGGGAGCAGUGGAAGGAACCCACGAGUGGGGCGCUGAGGGAGAGAGAAGACGACCAUGAUGAAGCUGCUACGGAGGAGCAGGGCGAGGAGGACUCAGUGGGUCUGCCUCCCGCCUCGGCAGACGACGCGCCGUCCACUCUCUCCUCUGCUGCAGCCGCGCUCUCUCUAGACAAGGAUGCUCAUGGCAUGGGGGAGGGCGGUGGUGGAGGAGGGGGAGGGGGAGAGGGGGGGAAGGGGCCGUCAGAGCUGGCAAGGCCAACGGGGCGGGUGGUGGGGAUAAUCAAGCGCAACUGGCGCACGGCGCCUGUGACCACAGGACAGUCUCCCCUCUUUGUCGCUGCCGACUGCAGGCCACCUCGGUCCCUCGCCCCCAUGCGCACACCCCCAGCAUCAGCUGGGGCGUUGGUGCGUGCCCUCUUUGUCGCUGCCGACCGCAGGGUGCCGCGCAUCCGCGUGGAGACAAGGCAGGCCGCCCAGCUGAUGGGCAAGCGCAUCCUGGUGGCCAUCGACAGCUGGCAGCCCGACAGCGCGUUCCCCUCGGGUCACUACGUGAAGACGCUGGGGGAUAUUGGCGACAGGGAGACAGAGAGCGAGCUGCUGCUAAUGGAAAACGACAUUGAUGCGCGCCCCUUCUCCCAGCAAGUGCUCUCCUGCCUGCCGCCGCUGCCGUGGUCCGUCUCCCCAGCGGACAUCACGGACCCGCGCACCAAGAGGAAGAGCCUGCGCCACGUGUUCAGUGUCGACCCCAUUGGUUGCCGGGAUAUUGAUGAUGCGCUUCACUGCGUGCCUCUUCUCAUUUUUCCCCUCCUUCACCCUCUCCUCCCCACAUUCCUCCUCCAGCUGCUGCUAAUGGAAAACGACAUUGAUGCGCGUCCCUUCUCGCAGCAAGUGCUCGCCUGCCUGCCGCCACUGCCGUGGUCCGUGUCACCAGCGGACAUCACAGACCCCAAGACCAAGAGGGAGGACCUGCGCCACGUGCGUGUGUUCAGUGUCGACCCUAUCGGGUGCCGGGAUAUUGAUGACGCUCUGCACUGCGUGCCGCUCCCCAAUGGCAAUUUCGACGUCGGCGUUCACAUAGCGGACGUGACCAACUUUGUGCUGCCGGGCACGCCUCUGGACGUGGAGGCGUCGCAGCGAGGCACUUCUGUGUACCUGGUGGAGCGCCGCAUUGACAUGCUGCCCAAACCACUCACUGAAGACAUAUGCUCCCUCCGUGGCGGUGUGGAGCGACUCGCCUUUUCCUGUAUUUGGGAGAUGACCCCUGAGGCAGAGAUCGUGUCGGUGCGCUUCACCAAGAGUGUCAUCAAAUCUGCUGCUGCGUUGUCCUAUGUGGAGGCACAGGCACGCAUGGAUGAUGAGCGCAUGCAUGAUGACCUCACAAGAGACCUUCGCAACCUCAACCGCCUUGCCAAGGUGAUGAGGCAGAGGCGCAUAGACAGGGGAGCGCUCACGCUGGCAUCACCAGAAGUCAAGUUUGAGAUCGACACCGAGACACACGACCCCCUUGACGUUGGCAUGUAUUUGGUGCGAGAGGCCAAUCACAUGAUAGAGGAGUUCAUGCUGGCAGCCAAUGUGUCCGUAGCUGAGAAGAUUCUCCAGCACUUCGCCUCUUGCUCACUGCUCAGAGCCACUUCCCUUCUCCUUCCCGUAUUUCCCUCCGUCCCUCUGUCCUCCGCCCAUUGUGCCCCUCCGUCCUUCUGUCUUCUGCCCCUCUGCUCCCUCGUGCCCCUCUGCUCCCUCGUGCCCCUCUGCUCCCUCGUGCCCCUCUGCUCCCUCGUGCCCCUCUGCUCCCUCGUGCCCCUCUGCUCCCUCGUGCCCCUCUGCUCCCUCGUGCCCCUCUGCUCCCUCGUGCCCCUCUGCUCCCUCGUGCCCCUCUGCUCCCUCGUGCCCCUCUGCUCCCUCGUGCCCCUCUGCUCCCUCGUGCCCCUCUGCUCCCUCGUGCCCCUCUGCUCCCUCGUGCCCCUCUGCUCCCUCGUGCCCCUCUGCUCCCUCGUGCCCCUCUGCUCCCUCGUGCCCCUCUGCUCCCUCGUGCCCCUCUGCUCCCUCGUGCCCCUCUGCUCCCUCGUGCCCCUCUGCUCCCUCGUGCCCCUCUGCUCCCUCGUGCCCCUCUGCUCCCUCGUGCCCCUCUGCUCCCUCGUGCCCCUCUGCUCCCUCGUGCCCCUCUGCUCCCUCGUGCCCCUCUGCUCCCUCGUGCCCCUCUGCUCCCUCGUGCCCCUCUGCUCCCUCGUGCCCCUCUGCUCCCUCGUGCCCCUCUGCUCCCUCGUGCCCCUCUGCUCCCUCGUGCCCCUCUGCUCCCUCGUGCCCCUCUGCUCCCUCGUGCCCCUCUGCUCCCUCGUGCCCCUCUGCUCCCUCGUGCCCCUCUGCUCCCUCGUGCCCCUCUGCUCCCUCGUGCCCCUCUGCUCCCUCGUGCCCCUCUGCUCCCUCGUGCCCCUCUGCUCCCUCGUGCCCCUCUGCUCCCUCGUGCCCCUCUGCUCCCUCGUGCCCCUCUGCUCCCUCGUGCCCCUCUGCUCCCUCGUGCCCCUCUGCUCCCUCGUGCCCCUCUGCUCCCUCGUGCCCCUCUGCUCCCUCGUGCCCCUCUGCUCCCUCGUGCCCCUCUGCUCCCUCGUGCCCCUCUGCUCCCUCGUGCCCCUCUGCUCCCUCGUGCCCCUCUGCUCCCUCGUGCCCCUCUGCUCCCUCGUGCCCCUCUGCUCCCUCGUGCCCCUCUGCUCCCUCGUGCCCCUCUGCUCCCUCGUGCCCCUCUGCUCCCUCGUGCCCCUCUGCUCCCUCGUGCCCCUCUGCUCCCUCGUGCCCCUCUGCUCCCUCGUGCCCCUCUGCUCCCUCGUGCCCCUCUGCUCCCUCGUGCCCCUCUGCUCCCUCGUGCCCCUCUGCUCCCUCGUGCCCCUCUGCUCCCUCGUGCCCCUCUGCUCCCUCGUGCCCCUCUGCUCCCUCGUGCCCCUCUGCUCCCUCGUGCCCCUCUGCUCCCUCGUGCCCCUCUGCUCCCUCGUGCCCCUCUGCUCCCUCGUGCCCCUCUGCUCCCUCGUGCCCCUCUGCUCCCUCGUGCCCCUCUGCUCCCUCGUGCCCCUCUGCUCCCUCGUGCCCCUCUGCUCCCUCGUGCCCCUCUGCUCCCUCGUGCCCCUCUGCUCCCUCGUGCCCCUCUGCUCCCUCGUGCCCCUCUGCUCCCUCGUGCCCCUCUGCUCCCUCGUGCCCCUCUGCUCCCUCGUGCCCCUCUGCUCCCUCGUGCCCCUCUGCUCCCUCGUGCCCCUCUGCUCCCUCGUGCCCCUCUGCUCCCUCGUGCCCCUCUGCUCCCUCGUGCCCCUCUGCUCCCUCGUGCCCCUCUGCUCCCUCGUGCCCCUCUGCUCCCUCGUGCCCCUCUGCUCCCUCGUGCCCCUCUGCUCCCUCGUGCCCCUCUGCUCCCUCGUGCCCCUCUGCUCCCUCGUGCCCCUCUGCUCCCUCGUGCCCCUCUGCUCCCUCGUGCCCCUCUGCUCCCUCGUGCCCCUCUGCUCCCUCGUGCCCCUCUGCUCCCUCGUGCCCCUCUGCUCCCUCGUGCCCCUCUGCUCCCUCGUGCCCCUCUGCUCCCUCGUGCCCCUCUGCUCCCUCGUGCCCCUCUGCUCCCUCGUGCCCCUCUGCUCCCUCGUGCCCCUCUGCUCCCUCGUGCCCCUCUGCUCCCUCGUGCCCCUCUGCUCCCUCGUGCCCCUCUGCUCCCUCGUGCCCCUCUGCUCCCUCGUGCCCCUCUGCUCCCUCGUGCCCCUCUGCUCCCUCGUGCCCCUCUGCUCCCUCGUGCCCCUCUGCUCCCUCGUGCCCCUCUGCUCCCUCGUGCCCCUCUGCUCCCUCGUGCCCCUCUGCUCCCUCGUGCCCCUCUGCUCCCUCGUGCCCCUCUGCUCCCUCGUGCCCCUCUGCUCCCUCGUGCCCCUCUGCUCCCUCGUGCCCCUCUGCUCCCUCGUGCCCCUCUGCUCCCUCGUGCCCCUCUGCUCCCUCGUGCCCCUCUGCUCCCUCGUGCCCCUCUGCUCCCUCGUGCCCCUCUGCUCCCUCGUGCCCCUCUGCUCCCUCGUGCCCCUCUGCUCCCUCGUGCCCCUCUGCUCCCUCGUGCCCCUCUGCUCCCUCGUGCCCCUCUGCUCCCUCGUGCCCCUCUGCUCCCUCGUGCCCCUCUGCUCCCUCGUGCCCCUCUGCUCCCUCGUGCCCCUCUGCUCCCUCGUGCCCCUCUGCUCCCUCGUGCCCCUCUGCUCCCUCGUGCCCCUCUGCUCCCUCGUGCCCCUCUGCUCCCUCGUGCCCCUCUGCUCCCUCGUGCCCCUCUGCUCCCUCGUGCCCCUCUGCUCCCUCGUGCCCCUCUGCUCCCUCGUGCCCCUCUGCUCCCUCGUGCCCCUCUGCUCCCUCGUGCCCCUCUGCUCCCUCGUGCCCCUCUGCUCCCUCGUGCCCCUCUGCUCCCUCGUGCCCCUCUGCUCCCUCGUGCCCCUCUGCUCCCUCGUGCCCCUCUGCUCCCUCGUGCCCCUCUGCUCCCUCGUGCCCCUCUGCUCCCUCGUGCCCCUCUGCUCCCUCGUGCCCCUCUGCUCCCUCGUGCCCCUCUGCUCCCUCGUGCCCCUCUGCUCCCUCGUGCCCCUCUGCUCCCUCGUGCCCCUCUGCUCCCUCGUGCCCCUCUGCUCCCUCGUGCCCCUCUGCUCCCUCGUGCCCCUCUGCUCCCUCGUGCCCCUCUGCUCCCUCGUGCCCCUCUGCUCCCUCGUGCCCCUCUGCUCCCUCGUGCCCCUCUGCUCCCUCGUGCCCCUCUGCUCCCUCGUGCCCCUCUGCUCCCUCGUGCCCCUCUGCUCCCUCGUGCCCCUCUGCUCCCUCGUGCCCCUCUGCUCCCUCGUGCCCCUCUGCUCCCUCGUGCCCCUCUGCUCCCUCGUGCCCCUCUGCUCCCUCGUGCCCCUCUGCUCCCUCGUGCCCCUCUGCUCCCUCGUGCCCCUCUGCUCCCUCGUGCCCCUCUGCUCCCUCGUGCCCCUCUGCUCCCUCGUGCCCCUCUGCUCCCUCGUGCCCCUCUGCUCCCUCGUGCCCCUCUGCUCCCUCGUGCCCCUCUGCUCCCUCGUGCCCCUCUGCUCCCUCGUGCCCCUCUGCUCCCUCGUGCCCCUCUGCUCCCUCGUGCCCCUCUGCUCCCUCGUGCCCCUCUGCUCCCUCGUGCCCCUCUGCUCCCUCGUGCCCCUCUGCUCCCUCGUGCCCCUCUGCUCCCUCGUGCCCCUCUGCUCCCUCGUGCCCCUCUGCUCCCUCGUGCCCCUCUGCUCCCUCGUGCCCCUCUGCUCCCUCGUGCCCCUCUGCUCCCUCGUGCCCCUCUGCUCCCUCGUGCCCCUCUGCUCCCUCGUGCCCCUCUGCUCCCUCGUGCCCCUCUGCUCCCUCGUGCCCCUCUGCUCCCUCGUGCCCCUCUGCUCCCUCGUGCCCCUCUGCUCCCUCGUGCCCCUCUGCUCCCUCGUGCCCCUCUGCUCCCUCGUGCCCCUCUGCUCCCUCGUGCCCCUCUGCUCCCUCGUGCCCCUCUGCUCCCUCGUGCCCCUCUGCUCCCUCGUGCCCCUCUGCUCCCUCGUGCCCCUCUGCUCCCUCGUGCCCCUCUGCUCCCUCGUGCCCCUCUGCUCCCUCGUGCCCCUCUGCUCCCUCGUGCCCCUCUGCUCCCUCGUGCCCCUCUGCUCCCUCGUGCCCCUCUGCUCCCUCGUGCCCCUCUGCUCCCUCGUGCCCCUCUGCUCCCUCGUGCCCCUCUGCUCCCUCGUGCCCCUCUGCUCCCUCGUGCCCCUCUGCUCCCUCGUGCCCCUCUGCUCCCUCGUGCCCCUCUGCUCCCUCGUGCCCCUCUGCUCCCUCGUGCCCCUCUGCUCCCUCGUGCCCCUCUGCUCCCUCGUGCCCCUCUGCUCCCUCGUGCCCCUCUGCUCCCUCGUGCCCCUCUGCUCCCUCGUGCCCCUCUGCUCCCUCGUGCCCCUCUGCUCCCUCGUGCCCCUCUGCUCCCUCGUGCCCCUCUGCUCCCUCGUGCCCCUCUGCUCCCUCGUGCCCCUCUGCUCCCUCGUGCCCCUCUGCUCCCUCGUGCCCCUCUGCUCCCUCGUGCCCCUCUGCUCCCUCGUGCCCCUCUGCUCCCUCGUGCCCCUCUGCUCCCUCGUGCCCCUCUGCUCCCUCGUGCCCCUCUGCUCCCUCGUGCCCCUCUGCUCCCUCGUGCCCCUCUGCUCCCUCGUGCCCCUCUGCUCCCUCGUGCCCCUCUGCUCCCUCGUGCCCCUCUGCUCCCUCGUGCCCCUCUGCUCCCUCGUGCCCCUCUGCUCCCUCGUGCCCCUCUGCUCCCUCGUGCCCCUCUGCUCCCUCGUGCCCCUCUGCUCCCUCGUGCCCCUCUGCUCCCUCGUGCCCCUCUGCUCCCUCGUGCCCCUCUGCUCCCUCGUGCCCCUCUGCUCCCUCGUGCCCCUCUGCUCCCUCGUGCCCCUCUGCUCCCUCGUGCCCCUCUGCUCCCUCGUGCCCCUCUGCUCCCUCGUGCCCCUCUGCUCCCUCGUGCCCCUCUGCUCCCUCGUGCCCCUCUGCUCCCUCGUGCCCCUCUGCUCCCUCGUGCCCCUCUGCUCCCUCGUGCCCCUCUGCUCCCUCGUGCCCCUCUGCUCCCUCGUGCCCCUCUGCUCCCUCGUGCCCCUCUGCUCCCUCGUGCCCCUCUGCUCCCUCGUGCCCCUCUGCUCCCUCGUGCCCCUCUGCUCCCUCGUGCCCCUCUGCUCCCUCGUGCCCCUCUGCUCCCUCGUGCCCCUCUGCUCCCUCGUGCCCCUCUGCUCCCUCGUGCCCCUCUGCUCCCUCGUGCCCCUCUGCUCCCUCGUGCCCCUCUGCUCCCUCGUGCCCCUCUGCUCCCUCGUGCCCCUCUGCUCCCUCGUGCCCCUCUGCUCCCUCGUGCCCCUCUGCUCCCUCGUGCCCCUCUGCUCCCUCGUGCCCCUCUGCUCCCUCGUGCCCCUCUGCUCCCUCGUGCCCCUCUGCUCCCUCGUGCCCCUCUGCUCCCUCGUGCCCCUCUGCUCCCUCGUGCCCCUCUGCUCCCUCGUGCCCCUCUGCUCCCUCGUGCCCCUCUGCUCCCUCGUGCCCCUCUGCUCCCUCGUGCCCCUCUGCUCCCUCGUGCCCCUCUGCUCCCUCGUGCCCCUCUGCUCCCUCGUGCCCCUCUGCUCCCUCGUGCCCCUCUGCUCCCUCGUGCCCCUCUGCUCCCUCGUGCCCCUCUGCUCCCUCGUGCCCCUCUGCUCCCUCGUGCCCCUCUGCUCCCUCGUGCCCCUCUGCUCCCUCGUGCCCCUCUGCUCCCUCGUGCCCCUCUGCUCCCUCGUGCCCCUCUGCUCCCUCGUGCCCCUCUGCUCCCUCGUGCCCCUCUGCUCCCUCGUGCCCCUCUGCUCCCUCGUGCCCCUCUGCUCCCUCGUGCCCCUCUGCUCCCUCGUGCCCCUCUGCUCCCUCGUGCCCCUCUGCUCCCUCGUGCCCCUCUGCUCCCUCGUGCCCCUCUGCUCCCUCGUGCCCCUCUGCUCCCUCGUGCCCCUCUGCUCCCUCGUGCCCCUCUGCUCCCUCGUGCCCCUCUGCUCCCUCGUGCCCCUCUGCUCCCUCGUGCCCCUCUGCUCCCUCGUGCCCCUCUGCUCCCUCGUGCCCCUCUGCUCCCUCGUGCCCCUCUGCUCCCUCGUGCCCCUCUGCUCCCUCGUGCCCCUCUGCUCCCUCGUGCCCCUCUGCUCCCUCGUGCCCCUCUGCUCCCUCGUGCCCCUCUGCUCCCUCGUGCCCCUCUGCUCCCUCGUGCCCCUCUGCUCCCUCGUGCCCCUCUGCUCCCUCGUGCCCCUCUGCUCCCUCGUGCCCCUCUGCUCCCUCGUGCCCCUCUGCUCCCUCGUGCCCCUCUGCUCCCUCGUGCCCCUCUGCUCCCUCGUGCCCCUCUGCUCCCUCGUGCCCCUCUGCUCCCUCGUGCCCCUCUGCUCCCUCGUGCCCCUCUGCUCCCUCGUGCCCCUCUGCUCCCUCGUGCCCCUCUGCUCCCUCGUGCCCCUCUGCUCCCUCGUGCCCCUCUGCUCCCUCGUGCCCCUCUGCUCCCUCGUGCCCCUCUGCUCCCUCGUGCCCCUCUGCUCCCUCGUGCCCCUCUGCUCCCUCGUGCCCCUCUGCUCCCUCGUGCCCCUCUGCUCCCUCGUGCCCCUCUGCUCCCUCGUGCCCCUCUGCUCCCUCGUGCCCCUCUGCUCCCUCGUGCCCCUCUGCUCCCUCGUGCCCCUCUGCUCCCUCGUGCCCCUCUGCUCCCUCGUGCCCCUCUGCUCCCUCGUGCCCCUCUGCUCCCUCGUGCCCCUCUGCUCCCUCGUGCCCCUCUGCUCCCUCGUGCCCCUCUGCUCCCUCGUGCCCCUCUGCUCCCUCGUGCCCCUCUGCUCCCUCGUGCCCCUCUGCUCCCUCGUGCCCCUCUGCUCCCUCGUGCCCCUCUGCUCCCUCGUGCCCCUCUGCUCCCUCGUGCCCCUCUGCUCCCUCGUGCCCCUCUGCUCCCUCGUGCCCCUCUGCUCCCUCGUGCCCCUCUGCUCCCUCGUGCCCCUCUGCUCCCUCGUGCCCCUCUGCUCCCUCGUGCCCCUCUGCUCCCUCGUGCCCCUCUGCUCCCUCGUGCCCCUCUGCUCCCUCGUGCCCCUCUGCUCCCUCGUGCCCCUCUGCUCCCUCGUGCCCCUCUGCUCCCUCGUGCCCCUCUGCUCCCUCGUGCCCCUCUGCUCCCUCGUGCCCCUCUGCUCCCUCGUGCCCCUCUGCUCCCUCGUGCCCCUCUGCUCCCUCGUGCCCCUCUGCUCCCUCGUGCCCCUCUGCUCCCUCGUGCCCCUCUGCUCCCUCGUGCCCCUCUGCUCCCUCGUGCCCCUCUGCUCCCUCGUGCCCCUCUGCUCCCUCGUGCCCCUCUGCUCCCUCGUGCCCCUCUGCUCCCUCGUGCCCCUCUGCUCCCUCGUGCCCCUCUGCUCCCUCGUGCCCCUCUGCUCCCUCGUGCCCCUCUGCUCCCUCGUGCCCCUCUGCUCCCUCGUGCCCCUCUGCUCCCUCGUGCCCCUCUGCUCCCUCGUGCCCCUCUGCUCCCUCGUGCCCCUCUGCUCCCUCGUGCCCCUCUGCUCCCUCGUGCCCCUCUGCUCCCUCGUGCCCCUCUGCUCCCUCGUGCCCCUCUGCUCCCUCGUGCCCCUCUGCUCCCUCGUGCCCCUCUGCUCCCUCGUGCCCCUCUGCUCCCUCGUGCCCCUCUGCUCCCUCGUGCCCCUCUGCUCCCUCGUGCCCCUCUGCUCCCUCGUGCCCCUCUGCUCCCUCGUGCCCCUCUGCUCCCUCGUGCCCCUCUGCUCCCUCGUGCCCCUCUGCUCCCUCGUGCCCCUCUGCUCCCUCGUGCCCCUCUGCUCCCUCGUGCCCCUCUGCUCCCUCGUGCCCCUCUGCUCCCUCGUGCCCCUCUGCUCCCUCGUGCCCCUCUGCUCCCUCGUGCCCCUCUGCUCCCUCGUGCCCCUCUGCUCCCUCGUGCCCCUCUGCUCCCUCGUGCCCCUCUGCUCCCUCGUGCCCCUCUGCUCCCUCGUGCCCCUCUGCUCCCUCGUGCCCCUCUGCUCCCUCGUGCCCCUCUGCUCCCUCGUGCCCCUCUGCUCCCUCGUGCCCCUCUGCUCCCUCGUGCCCCUCUGCUCCCUCGUGCCCCUCUGCUCCCUCGUGCCCCUCUGCUCCCUCGUGCCCCUCUGCUCCCUCGUGCCCCUCUGCUCCCUCGUGCCCCUCUGCUCCCUCGUGCCCCUCUGCUCCCUCGUGCCCCUCUGCUCCCUCGUGCCCCUCUGCUCCCUCGUGCCCCUCUGCUCCCUCGUGCCCCUCUGCUCCCUCGUGCCCCUCUGCUCCCUCGUGCCCCUCUGCUCCCUCGUGCCCCUCUGCUCCCUCGUGCCCCUCUGCUCCCUCGUGCCCCUCUGCUCCCUCGUGCCCCUCUGCUCCCUCGUGCCCCUCUGCUCCCUCGUGCCCCUCUGCUCCCUCGUGCCCCUCUGCUCCCUCGUGCCCCUCUGCUCCCUCGUGCCCCUCUGCUCCCUCGUGCCCCUCUGCUCCCUCGUGCCCCUCUGCUCCCUCGUGCCCCUCUGCUCCCUCGUGCCCCUCUGCUCCCUCGUGCCCCUCUGCUCCCUCGUGCCCCUCUGCUCCCUCGUGCCCCUCUGCUCCCUCGUGCCCCUCUGCUCCCUCGUGCCCCUCUGCUCCCUCGUGCCCCUCUGCUCCCUCGUGCCCCUCUGCUCCCUCGUGCCCCUCUGCUCCCUCGUGCCCCUCUGCUCCCUCGUGCCCCUCUGCUCCCUCGUGCCCCUCUGCUCCCUCGUGCCCCUCUGCUCCCUCGUGCCCCUCUGCUCCCUCGUGCCCCUCUGCUCCCUCGUGCCCCUCUGCUCCCUCGUGCCCCUCUGCUCCCUCGUGCCCCUCUGCUCCCUCGUGCCCCUCUGCUCCCUCGUGCCCCUCUGCUCCCUCGUGCCCCUCUGCUCCCUCGUGCCCCUCUGCUCCCUCGUGCCCCUCUGCUCCCUCGUGCCCCUCUGCUCCCUCGUGCCCCUCUGCUCCCUCGUGCCCCUCUGCUCCCUCGUGCCCCUCUGCUCCCUCGUGCCCCUCUGCUCCCUCGUGCCCCUCUGCUCCCUCGUGCCCCUCUGCUCCCUCGUGCCCCUCUGCUCCCUCGUGCCCCUCUGCUCCCUCGUGCCCCUCUGCUCCCUCGUGCCCCUCUGCUCCCUCGUGCCCCUCUGCUCCCUCGUGCCCCUCUGCUCCCUCGUGCCCCUCUGCUCCCUCGUGCCCCUCUGCUCCCUCGUGCCCCUCUGCUCCCUCGUGCCCCUCUGCUCCCUCGUGCCCCUCUGCUCCCUCGUGCCCCUCUGCUCCCUCGUGCCCCUCUGCUCCCUCGUGCCCCUCUGCUCCCUCGUGCCCCUCUGCUCCCUCGUGCCCCUCUGCUCCCUCGUGCCCCUCUGCUCCCUCGUGCCCCUCUGCUCCCUCGUGCCCCUCUGCUCCCUCGUGCCCCUCUGCUCCCUCGUGCCCCUCUGCUCCCUCGUGCCCCUCUGCUCCCUCGUGCCCCUCUGCUCCCUCGUGCCCCUCUGCUCCCUCGUGCCCCUCUGCUCCCUCGUGCCCCUCUGCUCCCUCGUGCCCCUCUGCUCCCUCGUGCCCCUCUGCUCCCUCGUGCCCCUCUGCUCCCUCGUGCCCCUCUGCUCCCUCGUGCCCCUCUGCUCCCUCGUGCCCCUCUGCUCCCUCGUGCCCCUCUGCUCCCUCGUGCCCCUCUGCUCCCUCGUGCCCCUCUGCUCCCUCGUGCCCCUCUGCUCCCUCGUGCCCCUCUGCUCCCUCGUGCCCCUCUGCUCCCUCGUGCCCCUCUGCUCCCUCGUGCCCCUCUGCUCCCUCGUGCCCCUCUGCUCCCUCGUGCCCCUCUGCUCCCUCGUGCCCCUCUGCUCCCUCGUGCCCCUCUGCUCCCUCGUGCCCCUCUGCUCCCUCGUGCCCCUCUGCUCCCUCGUGCCCCUCUGCUCCCUCGUGCCCCUCUGCUCCCUCGUGCCCCUCUGCUCCCUCGUGCCCCUCUGCUCCCUCGUGCCCCUCUGCUCCCUCGUGCCCCUCUGCUCCCUCGUGCCCCUCUGCUCCCUCGUGCCCCUCUGCUCCCUCGUGCCCCUCUGCUCCCUCGUGCCCCUCUGCUCCCUCGUGCCCCUCUGCUCCCUCGUGCCCCUCUGCUCCCUCGUGCCCCUCUGCUCCCUCGUGCCCCUCUGCUCCCUCGUGCCCCUCUGCUCCCUCGUGCCCCUCUGCUCCCUCGUGCCCCUCUGCUCCCUCGUGCCCCUCUGCUCCCUCGUGCCCCUCUGCUCCCUCGUGCCCCUCUGCUCCCUCGUGCCCCUCUGCUCCCUCGUGCCCCUCUGCUCCCUCGUGCCCCUCUGCUCCCUCGUGCCCCUCUGCUCCCUCGUGCCCCUCUGCUCCCUCGUGCCCCUCUGCUCCCUCGUGCCCCUCUGCUCCCUCGUGCCCCUCUGCUCCCUCGUGCCCCUCUGCUCCCUCGUGCCCCUCUGCUCCCUCGUGCCCCUCUGCUCCCUCGUGCCCCUCUGCUCCCUCGUGCCCCUCUGCUCCCUCGUGCCCCUCUGCUCCCUCGUGCCCCUCUGCUCCCUCGUGCCCCUCUGCUCCCUCGUGCCCCUCUGCUCCCUCGUGCCCCUCUGCUCCCUCGUGCCCCUCUGCUCCCUCGUGCCCCUCUGCUCCCUCGUGCCCCUCUGCUCCCUCGUGCCCCUCUGCUCCCUCGUGCCCCUCUGCUCCCUCGUGCCCCUCUGCUCCCUCGUGCCCCUCUGCUCCCUCGUGCCCCUCUGCUCCCUCGUGCCCCUCUGCUCCCUCGUGCCCCUCUGCUCCCUCGUGCCCCUCUGCUCCCUCGUGCCCCUCUGCUCCCUCGUGCCCCUCUGCUCCCUCGUGCCCCUCUGCUCCCUCGUGCCCCUCUGCUCCCUCGUGCCCCUCUGCUCCCUCGUGCCCCUCUGCUCCCUCGUGCCCCUCUGCUCCCUCGUGCCCCUCUGCUCCCUCGUGCCCCUCUGCUCCCUCGUGCCCCUCUGCUCCCUCGUGCCCCUCUGCUCCCUCGUGCCCCUCUGCUCCCUCGUGCCCCUCUGCUCCCUCGUGCCCCUCUGCUCCCUCGUGCCCCUCUGCUCCCUCGUGCCCCUCUGCUCCCUCGUGCCCCUCUGCUCCCUCGUGCCCCUCUGCUCCCUCGUGCCCCUCUGCUCCCUCGUGCCCCUCUGCUCCCUCGUGCCCCUCUGCUCCCUCGUGCCCCUCUGCUCCCUCGUGCCCCUCUGCUCCCUCGUGCCCCUCUGCUCCCUCGUGCCCCUCUGCUCCCUCGUGCCCCUCUGCUCCCUCGUGCCCCUCUGCUCCCUCGUGCCCCUCUGCUCCCUCGUGCCCCUCUGCUCCCUCGUGCCCCUCUGCUCCCUCGUGCCCCUCUGCUCCCUCGUGCCCCUCUGCUCCCUCGUGCCCCUCUGCUCCCUCGUGCCCCUCUGCUCCCUCGUGCCCCUCUGCUCCCUCGUGCCCCUCUGCUCCCUCGUGCCCCUCUGCUCCCUCGUGCCCCUCUGCUCCCUCGUGCCCCUCUGCUCCCUCGUGCCCCUCUGCUCCCUCGUGCCCCUCUGCUCCCUCGUGCCCCUCUGCUCCCUCGUGCCCCUCUGCUCCCUCGUGCCCCUCUGCUCCCUCGUGCCCCUCUGCUCCCUCGUGCCCCUCUGCUCCCUCGUGCCCCUCUGCUCCCUCGUGCCCCUCUGCUCCCUCGUGCCCCUCUGCUCCCUCGUGCCCCUCUGCUCCCUCGUGCCCCUCUGCUCCCUCGUGCCCCUCUGCUCCCUCGUGCCCCUCUGCUCCCUCGUGCCCCUCUGCUCCCUCGUGCCCCUCUGCUCCCUCGUGCCCCUCUGCUCCCUCGUGCCCCUCUGCUCCCUCGUGCCCCUCUGCUCCCUCGUGCCCCUCUGCUCCCUCGUGCCCCUCUGCUCCCUCGUGCCCCUCUGCUCCCUCGUGCCCCUCUGCUCCCUCGUGCCCCUCUGCUCCCUCGUGCCCCUCUGCUCCCUCGUGCCCCUCUGCUCCCUCGUGCCCCUCUGCUCCCUCGUGCCCCUCUGCUCCCUCGUGCCCCUCUGCUCCCUCGUGCCCCUCUGCUCCCUCGUGCCCCUCUGCUCCCUCGUGCCCCUCUGCUCCCUCGUGCCCCUCUGCUCCCUCGUGCCCCUCUGCUCCCUCGUGCCCCUCUGCUCCCUCGUGCCCCUCUGCUCCCUCGUGCCCCUCUGCUCCCUCGUGCCCCUCUGCUCCCUCGUGCCCCUCUGCUCCCUCGUGCCCCUCUGCUCCCUCGUGCCCCUCUGCUCCCUCGUGCCCCUCUGCUCCCUCGUGCCCCUCUGCUCCCUCGUGCCCCUCUGCUCCCUCGUGCCCCUCUGCUCCCUCGUGCCCCUCUGCUCCCUCGUGCCCCUCUGCUCCCUCGUGCCCCUCUGCUCCCUCGUGCCCCUCUGCUCCCUCGUGCCCCUCUGCUCCCUCGUGCCCCUCUGCUCCCUCGUGCCCCUCUGCUCCCUCGUGCCCCUCUGCUCCCUCGUGCCCCUCUGCUCCCUCGUGCCCCUCUGCUCCCUCGUGCCCCUCUGCUCCCUCGUGCCCCUCUGCUCCCUCGUGCCCCUCUGCUCCCUCGUGCCCCUCUGCUCCCUCGUGCCCCUCUGCUCCCUCGUGCCCCUCUGCUCCCUCGUGCCCCCUCUGCUCCCUCGUGCCCCUCUGCUCCCUCGUGCCCCUCUGCUCCCUCGUGCCCCUCUGCUCCCUCGUGCCCCUCUGCUCCCUCGUGCCCCUCUGCUCCCUCGUGCCCCCUCCUCUGCUCCCUCGUGCCCCUCUGCUCCUCGUGCCCCUCUGCUCCCUCGUGCCCCUCUGCUCCUCGUGCCCCUCUGCUCCCUCGUGCCCCUCUGCCCCUCGUGCCCCUCUGCUCCCUCGUGCCCCUCUGCUCCCUCGUGCCCCUCUGCUCCCUCGUGCCCCUCUGCUCCCUCGUGCCCCUCUGCUCCCUCGUGCCCCUCUGCUCCCUCGUGCCCCUCUGCUCCCUCGUGCCCCUCUGCUCCCUCGUGCCCCUCUGCUCCCCUCGUGCCCUCUGCUCCCUCGUGCCCCUCUGCUCCCUCGUGCCCCUCUGCUCCCUCGUGCCCCUCUGCUCCCUCGUGCCCCUCUGCUCCCUCGUGCCCCUCUGCUCCCUCGUGCCCCUCUGCUCCCUCGUGCCCCUCUGCUCCCUCGUGCCCCUCUGCUCCUCGUGCCCCUCUGCUCCCUCGUGCCCCUCUGCUCCCUCGUGCCCCUCUGCUCCCUCGUGCCCCUCUGCUCCCUCGUGCCCCUCUGCUCCCUCGUGCCCCUCUGCUCCCUCGUGCCCCUCUGCUCCCUCGUGCCCCUCUGCUCCCUCGUGCCCCUCUGCUCCCUCGUGCCCCUCUGCUCCCUCGUGCCCCUCUGCUCCCUCGUGCCCCUCUGCUCCCUCGUGCCCCUCUGCUCCCUCGUGCCCUCUGCUCCCUCGUGCCCCUCUGCUCCCUCGUGCCCCCCUCUGCUCCCUCGUGCCCCUCUGCUCCCUCGUGCCCCUCUGCUCCCUCGUGCCCCUCUGCUCCCUCGUGCCCCUCUGCUCCCUCGUGCCCCUCUGCUCCCUCGUGCCCCUCUGCUCCCUCGUGCCCCUCUGCUCCCUCGUGCCCCUCUGCUCCCUCGUGCCCCUCUGCUCCUCGUGCCCCUCUGCUCCCUCGUGCCCCUCUGCUCCCUCGUGCCCCUCUGCUCCCUCGUGCCCCUCUGCUCCCUCGUGCCCCUCUGCUCCCUCGUGCCCCUCUCCCCCUCGUGCCCCUCUGCUCCCUCGUGCCCCUCUGCUCCCUCGUGCCCCUCUGCUCCCUCGUGCCCCUCUGCUCCCUCGUGCCCCUCUGCUCCCUCGUGCCCCUCUGCUCCCUCGUGCCCCUCUGCUCCCUCGUGCCCCCUCUGCUCCCUCGCCCCCCUCUGCUCCCUCGUGCCCCUCUGCUCCCUCGUGCCCCUCUGCUCCCUCGUGCCCCUCUGCUCCCUCGUGCCCCUCUGCUCCCUCGUGCCCCUCUGCUCCCUCGUGCCCCUCUGCUCCCUCGUGCCCCUCUGCUCCCUCGUGCCCCUCUGCUCCCUCGUGCCCCUCUGCUCCCUCGUGCCCCUCUGCUCCCUCGUGCCCCUCUGCUCCCUCGUGCCCCUCUGCUCCCUCGUGCCCCUCUGCUCCCUCGUGCCCCUCUGCUCCCUCGUGCCCCUCUGCCUCCCUCGUCCUCGUGCCCCUCUGCUCCCUCGUGCCCCUCUGCUCCCUCGUGCCCCUCUGCUCCCUCGUGCCCUCUGCUCCCUCGUGCCCCUCUGCUCCCUCGUGCCCCUCUGCUCCUCGUGCCCCCCUCUGCUCCCUCGUGCCCCUCUGCUCCCUCGUGCCCCUCUGCUCCCUCGUGCCCCUUGCUCCCUCGUGCCCCUCUGCUCCCUCGUGCCCCUCUGCUCCCUCGUGCCCCUCUGCUCCCUCGUGCCCCUCUGCUCCCUCGUGCCCCUCUGCUCCCUCGUGCCCCUCUGCUUCCCUCGUGCCCCUCUGCUCCCUCGUGCCCCUCUGCUCCCUCGUGCCCCUCUGCUCCCUCGUGCCCCUCUGCUCCCUCGUGCCCCUCUGCUCCCUCGUGCCCCUCUGCUCCCUCGUGCCCUCUGCUCCCUCGUGCCCCUCUGCUCCCUCGUGCCCCUCUGCUCCCUCGUGCCCCUCUGCUCCCUCGUGCCCCUCUGCUCCCUCGUGCCCCCUUGCUCCCUCGUGCCCCUCUGCUCCCUCGUCUGCUCGUGCCCCUCUGCUCCCUCGUGCCCCUCUGCUCCCUCGUGCCCCUCUGCUCCCUCGUGCCCCUCUGCUCCCUCGUGCCCCUCUGCUCCCUCGUGCCCCUCUGCUCCCUCGUGCCCCUCUGCUCCCUCGUGCCCCUCUGCUCCCUCGUGCCCCUCUGCUCCCUCGUGCCCCUCUGCUCCCUCGCUGUCCCUCGUGCCCCUCUGCUCCCUCGUGCCCCUCUGCUCCCUCGUGCCCCUCUGCUCCCUCGUGCCCUCUGCUCCCUCGUGCCCCUCUGCUCCCUCGUGCCCCUCUGCUCCCUCGUGCCCCUCUGCUCCCUCGUGCCCCUCUGCUCCCUCGUGCCCUCUGCUCCCUCGCCCCCUCUGCUCCCUCGUGCCCCUCUGCUCCCUCGUGCCCCUCUGCUCCCUCGUGCCCCUCUGCUCCCUCGUGCCCCUCUGCUCCCUCGUGCCCCUCUGCUCCCUCGUGCCCCUCUGCUCCCUCACCCGUACUUCAACAAGCUUAUCCGCAUCCUCACCACUCGCUGCAUGACCCAGGUGCGAGCCCGCGGGAUACGCUCCCUCGUGCCCCUCUGCUCCCCUCGUGCCCCUCUGCUCCCUCGUGCCCCUCUGCUCCCUCGUGCCCCUCUGCUCCCUCGUGCCCCUCUGCUCCCCGUGGCCCCUCUGCUCCCUCGUGCCCCUCUGCUCCCUCGUGCCCCUCUGCUCCCUCGUGCCCCCUCUGCUCCCUCGUGCCCCUCUGCUCCCUCGUGCCCCUCUGCUCCCUCGUGCCCCUCUGCUCCCUCGUGCCCCUCUGCUCCCUCGUGCCCCUCUGCUCCCUCGUGCCCCUCUGCUCCCUCGUGCCCCUCUGCUCCCUCGUGCCCCUCUGCUUCCCUCCUCGUGCCCCUCUGCUCCCUCGUGCCCCUCUGCUCCCUCGUGCCCCUCUGCUCCCUCGUGCCCCUCUGCUCCCUCGUGCCCCUCUGCUUCCCCCCCCCUCGUGCCCCUCUGCUCCCUCGUGCCCCUCUGCUCCCUCGUGCCCCUCUCUGCUCCCUCGUGCCCCUCUGCUCCCUCGUGCCCCUCUGCUCCCUCGUGCCCCUCUGCUCCCUCGUGCCCCUCUGCUCCCUCGUGCCCCUCUGCUCCUCGUGCCCCUCUGCUCCCUCGUGCCCCUCUGCUCCCUCGUGCCCCUCUGCUCCCUCGUGCCCCUCUGCUCCCUCGUGCCCCUCUGCUCCCUCGUGCCCCUCUGCUCCCUCGUGCCCCUCUGCUCCCUCGUGCCCCUCUGCUCCCUCGUGCCCCUCUGCUCCCUCGUGCCCCUCUGCUCCCUCGUGCCCCUCUGCUCCCUCGUGCCCCUCUGCUCCCUCGUGCCCCUCUGCUCCCUCGUGCCCCUCUGCUCCCUCGUGCCCUCUGCUCCCUCGUGCCCCUCUGCUCCCUCGUGCCCCUCUGCUCCCUCGUGCCCUCUGCUCCCUCGGCCCCCUCUGCUCCCUCGUGCCCCUCUGCUCCCUCGUGCCCCUCUGCUCCCUCGUGCCCCUCUGCUCCCUCGUGCCCCUCUGCUCCCUCGUGCCCUCUGCCCCUUCCUCCUCGUGCCCCUCUGCUCCCUCGUGCCCCUCUGCUCCCUCGUGCCCCUCUGCUCCCUCGUGCCCCUCUGCUCCCUCGUGCCCCUCUGCUCCCUCGUGCCCCUCUGCUCCCUGCCCUCUGCUCCCUCCCCCCCUCGUGCCCCUCUGCUCCCUCGUGCCCCUCUGCUCCCUCGUGCCCCCUCUGCUCCCUCGUGCCCCUCUGCUCCCUCGUGCCCCUCUGCUCCCUCGUGCCCUGCCUCCUGCUGCCCCUCUUGCUCCCUCUGCUCCCUCGUGCCCCUCUGCUCCCUCGUGCCCCUCUGCUCCCUCGUGCCCCUCUGCUCCCUCGUGCCCCUCUGCUCCCUCGUGCCCUCUGCUCCCUCGUGCCCCUCUGCUCCCUCGUGCCCCUCUGCUCCCUCGUGCCCCUCUGCCCCAUCGCCCAUGCAGACCUGGUGACCUCAACUAUCGCAACCGCAAUGCUCAGAUGGCGGGGCGAGCAUCAGUGGAGCUUCACACUCUCAUCUUCUUCCGCACUCGCCCAACGGAUGCGGAGGGGCGGAUAGUGAUGGUUCGCUCCAAUGGGCUCAUUGUCUUCGUGCCCAAAUAUGGCAUAGAAGGCCCUGUCUACCUCGUACCCAAGGAACCUCCCAAGGGGAAAGCUGCUGCUGUUGCCGAGGCCAACAAGCUCGGUGGGAAUGCGCCGUCAAGUGACUGGGUGGUGGAUGAGAAGUCGCAGACAGUGGAGUCGAAAGACGGGAAACGGCGAUUCAAGGUGUUGGACACGGUGACUGUGCACAUUGAGGUUAUUGAGCCACAACCCAAUCGGCCCAAGCUGUCACUAACGCUAGUGAGCCAAUGA